AUGAAUUUCAAUAUAAAAUCGAUAUUUAUAUUAUUUUAUACACCUCGACGAUUAAUGUUUCCACAUUUUGUGUAUAUUAUAGGACAGAGAGAAAAAGAUCUAGGAACAAUUUGACUCUCUCACUCUUUCCUAAAUUGCCAACCUCUCUCUCUGCUCCAGUAAUGGAUACGAGUGCUCAUCUAGAUAUAUACGUCACUGCGCUGGCCCAUAUGUGUCUAAUUUGACAACAUGGUGGCAACGGUGGCUCCGGGAGUGUGAUGUGAGGAUACUCUCGCCGACUAGGUGUAUCGACGCCCCACGCGACGACAGGCGGUGACGAUGAUCCUCGUAAAGUAUGCUCGUUGAUUCCGUGUGCGACGAGCGCGAGAGGUAGCUGAAGUAACCACGAAUAACGAUAAAUUCGCGAGCGAUCGGCCGAGCGAAUCCGUCUCGCGCGGUGCCCAAGGAGACACCCCCGUGAGGAUUAUCGCGGGAUAAUGUCAUUGAUUGAUUUUUUAAUGACUCGCGCGUCGACGAGCAACCGACCAGCCGGCGACGCCACGAGGAGCAACAGCGUCGCUCCAUUAAUGAGGUACACGUUCCUGCUGCUGACCCUUCUCGUGAUUCUCCAGCUGACACCGUCGGCCGUCCUCGCAGCCGACACGCUAGGUGAUCCUUACAAGAUACUGGGUGUACCGAGGCAUGCGACCGUGCAGACCAUUCGAAAAGCGUACAAGCAUCUCGUCAAAGAAUGGCACCCGGAUAAAACUGAUCACCCAAUGGCAGAGGACAAGUUUGUAGAAAUAACGAAAGCUUACGAGCUUCUAACAGAUCCGGAGAGAAGGAGGAAGUUUGAUAACCAUGGGAUCACCGACGAGGGUCUCCCUAGGCAGAGGAGGGACAAUAGCCACUUUAACGUUCUCGAUCCACUAGAAGAAUUGUUCGCCGGUAAUUUUAAGUUCCAUUAUCAGAAUAGAGACAUCACGCUGUUCCACAAGAUGAGCAUCACGUAUCGAUCGUUCGAAAAUGUGAUAGUACCCAAAACAUACCGUAUGCCGUACUUGGUCCUGUUUUAUUCCGACUGGUGCAUCGCGUGUCUGCAAGUGGAGCCCACUUGGAGGCGACUGAUCGACGAGAUAGAGCCUCUCGGACUCGGUCUGGCGACCGCGCACGCCGAGAAAGAGUCCAUUCUCGCGAGGCGGCUCGGCAUUCACUCGCUUCCCUGUCUUGUCAUCACCGUGGACGGGCGCACCAGCGUUUAUAAAGAAUCUCUGUUUAGCAUACAGAAAAUUGUUGAAUUUGUACGAAGUAGGCUACCGUAUAAAUUAAUAAGUAGCGUUAGUAAUGCGAACGUAGAGAAUUUCCUGUCAGGAUGGACGGAUAAUCGAAUUCGCGCGUUGAUAUUCGAGAAGAGAGACUUCAUCCGACUGCGCUAUUUGCUUACGUCUUUUUACUACAGAGAUCGAGUUGCUUUCGGCUUCGUGCAGAUCGGUAUACCCGAGACUGAGAAUAUAACGUCGAAAUACAAGAUCUCGGGAGAGUUGGACACUGUGCUGCUCUUCAAUGAGAACUCCGAGAAGCCCAUGGCGUCGGUCAGUAUGAAAGACAUCUCUAGUGAGACCAUGCACAACGUUAUCGGCAACAAUAAGUUCCUCGUGUUACCAAGGCUCUCGAAUCAAGCCAUGCUGGACUCGAUAUGUCCACCCGAGUGGCUGAGACCGCAGAAACGCUUGUGCGCCGUUCUGAUAUCGCAACAAAAUAGCCCUUUACACGACGCGGCUAGGCAUAAAUUUAGACUAGCGGCAUUAGAAUCUUCUUACAGCACGGAACGCGUCAGAUACGCAUACGUGUUCAAAGACACGCAGCCUGACUUCGUGUCAGCGCUGUCAGCCGGUGAGGGCAGUCCGAUGGAACCGUUGUUACAUAUCGUCAUUAUCUGGAGACGGGACGCGAACCACCUCAAGUACGAGUGGCUUCCAAAUGGAUGGAUCGAGGCCGCUCAAGACGAUCGUGUAUGGAACGAGACGCGUAGGCAUUUAGAGAAAACUAUACAGAAGCUACUGCGCGCAACUGAAGCUUUACCGUACGCCGCGGUUGUAGGUGAAUUAGAGGACGAACACGCACAGGGUACCGUAGACAGGCUAAUAGGAAGGGCAUUAUUAGCGGUAGAUUAUAUAUCAGAUAAUCUGACAAAAGAGCAAAUUUUGCCUCUGCUAUCGGUACUAGCGACUCUCAUGCUAAUCGGAGUUGCAGGGUACGGAAUGUCAUACCUAGUCAAGCUAGAGGAAGCGAGUGUCCAAGCGGAACGUGCCCAGUGCAAGGACAAUGCGAAGUCACUUCCGUCGCAGCCGCAACUACGGUUGCACGAGUUACGCGCGGAGAAGUACAACGGAUUGGUCCGGCUCUUAAAACCCGGAUGCCGGACCGUUAUUCUGCUGGUCGACGCUCAGAGUCGACUGAAGCUGUUACCGGCUUUUCACAAAGCUGUGUGGCCUUAUAGGAAGAAUAAGACACUCAUGUUCGGACACAUGUCGCUGGAAAAAGGUCUCGACUGGUACAAGAAAUUAUUGUCUCUCACUUUAUUCGAUCAGAAGGAACUAAACAUAAACGCCAAGAACUGCGUAGGCACGGUGCUCUCGUUGAACGGGCACCGAAGGUACUUCUGCAUGUACCACGCCAAACAUCCAGAAUGCACCAAGGGUAAAGGUUCCAAGCGUAUCGAGAGGAUGACCAAACAAUUUGCCGAAAAAUCGGACGACCCGGAGGCCGGCGCUUUCAUCGGUUUCGAGAGUUCCAACGAAUCCGAUCAAUCUCAGGACGAGGUACGCGCGAUUGAGAGUUCUGCCGAGCCCCAGCAAGUUUCAUCGAUACCAAAUUGUACACGCAUAUUUUUUCUUCGCAGGGUGGAAACAACAUUUUAUAUCAGGAGAAUCUUUUGGACGGGUUACCGAUGUGGCUGGACAGGCUGUUCGAAGGAUUGACGCAUCGUUACUACGUAAAUUACUGGCCCGAGUUCACUGCCAAGUAAACGGAGGAGGAAGUACUUUGAGUUUUUCUUUCUUUACGCGCUUUAGGGGAGAUUGUGCCUCCUAUGAGAUACGUAUCGUGACAUCGUGCAUUUAUUUCCGUGAUACUAUCGGGAAUCCGGAAUCUAAUUGAACGAUCGACGGAUGUAAUCUAAGCUCGAAAUGAGAAACCAAAGAGAAGGAAUCGCGAGAAUCAAUUGGACAAAUCAAAAGUAGCGUAUCUCGAACACCGCAGUCUCCCCUACGUUGUAUGUACGACAAAGGUGAUAGAGAACGAGGUUCGCCUAGUCAGUCGAUUAUAUAUCGCCAUCGGGAUACACUGUGAUUCGAACGGACACAGACGCGACCCUGUAUAAAGACAAGACAUAUUCAUUACUUGCUAAGUACCGUUUACAAACCUAUUCACAGUUUUUCCUGCAUUUUAACGUUUUUAGAUCGGUCUUUAAGUAUCGUUAAAGAAAGUACGUACUAUACGAGAAACGUCUUACGUAGCGGAAGGAGAGAGAUUACUACCAGAUAGUGGAUCGAUCCUCUUGGACCGAUAAUAGAUCGACAUCUUCUGUAUACUAUUUCGUCUGUUCCUCUCGGAAUGCUCUUUCUAUUCCUCGAAAUCGCUUGUAACUUAUCUAGUCAGCGUUACUGAGAAACUUAGCAGUAUUUCUAUUGCACGGUACAAGUGAGAGUAGGUCGUUUAUAUUUCCGCGGACGGGCAGGAUUGCGGAGCCGCGAGACUCCGUCACUCGCGACGUCCGGCCCGGUCGCGGUCCUUGUAAGGUAAACGAAUACGUUCAGCUCCUUUACGAUAACAAUCGCUAUUUUUAAUGUCGCGGAGAGAAGCGUAAGCCCGCAUUAAUAUACGUUUGUAUACCUUCAAAGAUGCGUAUCUCUGUCGCUUGUUCCCGCACUCCGUUUGUCGGUUUGUCAAAUGCAAAUGUUGCCUCUGUGCCGAAUAUGUUCCUCGAAUGCCAGUACAGCACGCGCGUGUGUUCACUUGCAGAAUUUCUACUUCGUCGAGUUAUUAUAGUUACCGUAAAAUCGAUACUCGCAAGAGCCAGACGUUUUUUACGCGAUUUAUCUCGAUCGCGUUUGCAAAGAGAGACGAUCGCCCUUAUCAAUUUAUAUACGUCCAUUGCUUUACUUUCAGUCGCUCUCUCCCGCUCGUUAGUUAGUUAUUAUUUAUUUAAAUAAUACGUUUACGAGAUUAUUUAAAUAGUACGUUUUCGCGUCCAGCCAAAUCUAGCUUUAAUAAAACUCGCUUGUACAUAAUUUAUUUUCUCUCUCUCUCUCUCUUUCUCGGAUACGCAAGUUCCGCUUCCGUUGCAAAGCGACAGACAUAGGUACCUCGUAUUAAUUAUUGUGUAAGGUAUACCCCCGCUACGAGAGAUUAUUAGAAAGUAUUAAACGUGUAUUAUAGAGAUACGAGAUAUCAUAAUGCUGUUGAAACCGCAUGUGCGCCAAUUGUUUAUACUUUAUAUCCUUAUAUGACGAUUAAAAUUGAAAACGAAAUGAGAA